AGGAACCAAUAAACUCUCCUCCCCUUCUAACGCUUCAAGAUGUUUGCAUCACUCGCGCAUCCCGCUUUUGGCAACAUCUGCAUCAAUACAGUAACUGGUAAUUAUCUUCGCGUUGAAAGAUAAAGAAAAUCUUGAGCAUUAGUCGUUAUUCCGGCAAGAAAUCUUGAAAAAAUCCGAGAAAGCUGGCUUUGCGGCGAAAAAAGAUCAUUGAUCUACAACUCCACGACGAGGACCCGCAGCAUCUUGAACCUGGCGCAAACUCUUUGACGAGAAAUUUUUGCCAACACGGAAACGGAACAAGAAGAUGUCGGACGCAAACAAUAUUAUGGUGGUGACCCGGUGCCGGCCGUUUAACCAGCGCGAGAAGGACCUGGACAGCAAAUUGUGCGUGGACAUGCCGGACGACACCGUCCAGGGACGGCACGUGGUGGUCACGGAGAACGGACAGGAGAAGACGUUUGAGUUCGACCGUGCGUACUGGAGCCACGACAAGCAGCGGGAGUUCAUCACCCAGGAGACCGUGAUGGCCGAUUUGGGGCGGAUGAUGCUGGACACCCUGUACAGCGGCCUGAACGUCUCCAUGUUCGCCUACGGACAGACCGGGGCCGGCAAGUCCUACUCCGUGAUCGGGGGCCCCGACGACCUCCGCGGGCUGCUGCCGCGGAUGCUGGAGGACCUGUACGAGUCGUUAAUGAAGGACAAAGACCCCAGCCGGUUCAAGUUCGGGACGAAGGUGUCUUUUUUGGAAAUCUACAACGAGAUCGUGCACGACCUGCUCGAUCCCAAGCUGGGCACGGAAGGGUACGAACCGCCGAAGCUCGAGGUGAAGCAGCACCCCAAGCUCGGGAUUUUUAUCCCGGGACUCACGGAGGUCCCCACGGCGUCCAGCGACGAGUGCCUUGUGCAGAUGGACCGCGGACUCGGAACCCGGUCCGUGGCGGCCACGAAGAUGAACGCGGUCAGUUCGCGGUCGCACUGCGUCUUCGCACUGGAGCUGGACCAGGAGGAGGGCGGGCAGGCCAAAACCUCCAAAGUGAACUUGGUCGAUUUGGCGGGCUCCGAGCGCGCAAAAAAGACCGGCGCGGCGGGCGACCGGAUGAAGGAGGCAACGAAUAUCAACAAGUCGCUCACCGCGUUGGCCAUGGUGAUCGCCGCACUGGCGAAGGGGGAAGGGAAAACUGCGCCCUUUCGAAACUCAAAGUUGACCUUCAUCCUGCGCGACGCGCUGGCGGGAAACAGUCGAACCAUCAUGCUCACCGCUCUGUCGCCGGCGGAGGACAAUGUGCAGGAAACUAUUUCGACACUGCACUUCGCGAAGUCCGUCAAGUCCAUUAAAACCUCGGCUGUGGCGAACGUACGUUCAGUUCUUUUUUUCUUGAUUCGACUUGUGUGUAUCUGUAUCACUUUCUCAUCCUGCUGGUGCUGUUUCUCGGCAUUCAGCAAUUCCAAUUUUUUCGUUCCUAAUUUCAGGUUUCGACAACGAACGCGAAAGCUGCGGCGCAGGGCGAGAUUGACCGACUGAAGAAGGAGCUCGAAGAGCAGCAUGAAGCCAUGAUGGCGAUGCAGAAAAUGCUGGAAGAGGGAGGUGGUGGGCCACGCGUUUCGGAGUCGAUCGCCGGGCCUGGAGCGGGAGGCGGUGGUGGACCUGCUGGUGCGUCCGGAGGCGGUUCAUCCGGGGGCGCGGCGCAGCAGGUGCUUCCCAACGGAGAUCUCGAGGUGUUCGCUGCCGGUGAGUUCAUUUUUAAGGCUGGCGACGCUGGGCACUGCAUGUACUUGGUCCUGUCGGGGGAAAUCGAGCGUUGGAACGAGAAGAACGAGGUGAUUGCGACCCUGGGCGCCAACGCGCUGUUUGGGGAGAGCGCGGCGCUUGGCCUGACCUUUUUCCGCAAGUACACGCACCGCGUGACCGACGCCGGUAGCUGCAGCUGUUUGGUGUUCCAGCCACACAUGCUGCAAGACACCUUCCUGAAGAUCGCCAACCUACGGUACGCCUACCUCGAUGCCAAGGCGGAUUCCGAACUCAUGUUCAAGACGCAACAACAGCUGUGGGGCGCCACCAUCUUGUCCACCUACAAAAACGGGUCGCUGUCGGAGCGCACCGCGCUGACGCAGAAAUGCCGCGCGGAGAAGCUCCCCUACGUGAGCAUCAUCCACCCCACGCAGGCACUCUCCGACCUGGUGGUGUGCCAGUUGCAGGACGGGCAGCCGAUCACGAUCGGGGGCGCGCCGGACGCAGACGUGCGCGUCACCGGCCCGGCGGCGCAGACGGUCUGCUGCCAGAUCUUGAACUACGACAGCGUGCACGUAUUCAUCUGUCUCACCAAGCCGACGGUCGCCGCGCGGGUCCGCAAAGAGCACAAGAAACUGGUCGACGAACUGCACGACGACAACGCUUGCGAAACCACGCUGCAGCCCAUGGACACGCUGCUGAAAGACCUCACAUCCGGCUCGACCACCAACGCCAGCAUUCUGCUCGAGGACGGGGUCACGCUGCUCGCGGACCAGGACCAGCUGUUGCACGCGUUUUCGAUGGAAGAAAACCGGAUUUUGAUCAACAACGAAUUCUACCUCCGCGUCACGAUUCCGCAGAAGCACCUGAUUUCCGAGCGCGGCUCCGUGCAGAUGCCGGUCCCCUUGCAGGACGACAACCCACCCGUGCCAGACAGCACGGCUGCCGCAAGCCCACCCACGAAUGUUGCGGCCGCGGCGCAGGAUGUCGUGGACACGGCUGCUACGGAUGGCACGCGGGACGGCGAGGAGAUCCGCAAGGGCGACGUGGACUACUUCGACACCACGGCGAAUGCGUACAAGGGUGGCAAGGACCAGAAGAAAUCUAUUGAGGACACUCUGGAGCAGCUGGAGGACACGCAGAUUUUGCGCCAUCCUUGGAAGCGACACCGCGUCGAGAAGCUGCACCUGUAUCUGAGUGACCUGGAGCAGCGGCAGCAGUUUGGCCGCGACGUGACGGCCCGGAUUGCAACCGACUUUGUGGAGGCACAGGAACUGGUCGCCAUGGCUUCCGAGGACUACGCAAAACUGUGCGCGCUGACCGCGCAGGCGCAGAAGUCCGCCACCUCCGCAGACGGGGAACCCUCGUCGGAUUCGGACGAGGAGGAAGAAACCAAAACCUCCCAAGGAACGUCGAAGGGCAACAAGAAGCGGAAGAGCAAAAAAAGCAAACUCAUCAAGCUGCCGCAGUACCAGUUCGAGGCGCUACUGGCGCGCGCGCCGCCGGGGCAGUUUGAGCACAUCGCGGAGAUUGACGGGCACCCGUUCUACCCCUUCAUCGUGUUUUUGUUGCUGGACCCGGUGAGCGGGGUGGAACGCAGCUUUUCGCACCAGGACUUUCUGAUGCGGCUGGACACCAUGCACGAUAUGCACGCGCGCUUGCGGAAGUUCCCCAACCGCGUGACAAAGCUGGUGCAGGACCCCUUCAUGGUGGUGGGAAAGGAGUUUUUCGCGCCGAAGAGCGCCGCCGACGCGAACAGCGCGGACGCUGACGAGGAGGACGACGACCUCGUCAACGCGAACAAGGACCCGAUGGCGGCCGCUAAGCAGCUGCUGGCAUUCCGGGGCAACGCGGACCCGCUGGACGACCGCAACUUGCCGGAGCGGCAAACGCGGCUCGUGCUGGAGAAGUUGGUGGCGAAACUGGACCGGCGCACGAGCGAAGUUAAGUCCUUGAAGGAGCUGCUGAUGAAGCGCGAGGCGGAGCUGGACGAGCUGACCAACAACGCGAAGACCGACACGCUCACCGAGUUCCACCAGGAUUUUGCUGGGGCGACUGACGACGCAUUUGGUGCCAUCUCGGCUCUGCAUUCCACCCUGGGCGCGAUCAGCAGCUCCCUCAAAGACACAGACCAGAAAACAAUAGCACCCGCUGCCGGAUCGCUGCUCAACAGCAACAACCCGACAAGCAAGGGUGUUAGUGCUGGCGCACUUGCUACUACCAAGAGAGGCUCAAAUGCACCAGCACCAGGGUCGUCACUGUCAGCCACAAACCCGACAAUAGCGACGAGUAACGCUCCUGUUGCUGCUCCUGCAGUAAGGAGCUCCAAGAAUCUAUUCCAAUCGGCCGUUAGAAAAGCCGAGGCGGCAGCAGAUGUAUUCGGGAAGAGGAGAUCGAGCACGGCAGGCCGUGGGAACUUCUUUCGCAACAGCGUUUCGGCAAAGGAAGGAUUCAAUCUGCCAGUCAUGGUCUCCGACAUAAAGUAAAAUUCAGGACGAGGACUUGCGUACCAAUGUUCAUGCGCCUGAGUUUUAGGACAAUGUAUUUCUUGUCGUGCUGGUCGUCACGACUCUUUUUUUACCCAGCCUCUUGAUGAAUCUAAAAGCAUUUCGAAAAUACCCGUCAAGUUCUGGCUCGAGGAUGUGUGCCAGACUGUAGAAUUACUUAGCACGUUCGAUCUCCUAAGUACCCUGUAAAUCACGACAGCUUACAACGAGGUAGAAGUGUCCCAGAGGCACAGGAUGGUAAAGAUUCGAUACAGUAAUGGGAAAGGCAUACAACAAAAUCAGUGGUGGAU